AUGGCGUUUAAGAUGAUCGUAUUGUUCGCAGCGGUGGCCUGUGCCAACGCUGGAUUCGUGCCAGUUGAUCAUCAUCAAAGCUAUUCGGCAGCUCCAGCUGUGAGCUACAGUUCAUUUACCCGUGAACAUCACGCUCCAACUGUGGCCGUUGCCAAGACGGUUUCCUACGCCGAACCAGCUGUCCAUUAUGCUGCUCCCGUUGCCAAGAGCUACGCCGUCCAUGAACCACAGCUUCUGAAGACCGUUGUUGCCGAACCAGCGUACACCAAAACCAUUGUUCAGCAACCAGCUUAUGCUAAGACCCUGGUAUCAGAGCCCGUCUACGCCCACGCUGCUCCAGUUUAUGCUGCCAAAACCGUUGCCUACCCAAGCCAGGUUACCUACAGUGCUCCGGUUGUCAAGAAGCUAGAAUAUGCUCCAGUUGCCAAGACCUUCGUGUCUCACCCACAGUACACCAAGGCUAUUGUCGCUGAGCCAGCAUAUGCCAAGACCUACGUCUCGGAACCAUCCUACGCCAAGGCCUAUGUCUCGGAACCGACCUACGCUAAGGCCUACGUCUCGGAACCCGCCUAUGCCAAGUCCUACGUGUCGGAGCCAGUUCUGACCAAAGCCUACGUUUCCGAACCAGCCUAUGCCAAGACUCUGGUUCAACAACCCGUCUACGCCAAGACCCUGGUUCAGCAGCCCGUCUACGCCAAGACCCUGGUACAGCAGCCCGUCUACGCUAGCGCCGCCCCAGUUCUGGCCGCCAAGACUUUGAGCUACUCGCCUGCUGCCCAAGUUUCGCACGUUAGCUACGAAGACAGCAGUGCCCACUAUGCCUGGUAA